AUGGACGUCAUGAGGUCCCCCUCGCAACCUGCGCCCACCGGCCUGGGUCUUUCCAUGCCUUCUCCGCAACAAGACGUCUCGCAACCCGCCACCACCCUCAGCCCUGCACGAAAAGCGGCACGCGAAGCAAAACGGAGGAGAGCUUCACCACCCAAAGUCGGCACCUUGGGAGGAAAGGAGAGUGCAACACCAACGACUCUAAGUGGCACCAAGUGGACUGGAAAGACGCGCUUCGCAAGCUCAGCAACGUCGAAACCACUCCUUCCCGUUACGGAGCGCAAAUCCCAGGAGGAGAAAAACACUUCACGAAGGGCACGUGGCAGGGGCAGCGACGACAAGGUCGACAUCGCUCCAGAUGGUGGUUCGGCUGGCCGUGAUGGACGGCAAUUCACGGUGGCGAACGUUGGGAACAAUGGUCGCAUCUACCUUAGGUAA